CAAACCCCGGCAACAGCCAAGUUGCCCGCGUGGCGGCCGGCUUGCAGAUCAAGAACUCCCUGACGUCCAAGGACCCCGACAUUAAGGCCCAGUACCAACAGAGAUGGCUCGCGAUCGACGCCAACGCCCGCAGGGAAGUCAAGAACUAUGUUUUGCAGACGUUGGGUACAGAAACAUACAGGCCCAGCUCGGCCUCUCAGUGCGUGGCCGGCAUCGCGUGCGCAGAGAUCCCCAUGAACCAGUGGCCCGAACUCAUUCCCCAGUUGGUAGCGAACGUUACGAAUCAGCACAGUACGGAGCACAUGAAAGAGUCGACGUUGGAGGCCAUUGGAUACAUCUGUCAGGAUAUCGAUCCAGAGCAGCUUCAGGACAAAUCCAAUGAGAUCCUGACAGCCAUCAUCCAGGGAAUGAGAAAGGAAGAGCCCAGCAACAAUGUGAAGCUAGCAGCUACUAAUGCACUCCUGAACUCUUUGGAAUUCACCAAAGCAAACUUUGACAAAGAGUCCGAAAGGCACUUUAUUAUGCAAGUAGUCUGUGAAGCAACGCAGUGUCCAGAUACAAGGGUACGAGUGGCUGCCUUACAGAAUUUGGUGAAGAUAAUGUCCCUUUAUUAUCAAUAUAUGGAGACAUACAUGGGUCCUGCGCUUUUUGCUAUAACUAUUGAAGCAAUGAAAAGUGACAUAGAUGAGGUGGCUCUACAGGGGAUAGAGUUCUGGUCAAAUGUCUGCGAUGAGGAGAUGGACCUGGCUAUAGAGGCGUCUGAGGCAGCAGAGCAAGGAAGGCCUCCAGAACACACUAGCAAAUUUUAUGCGAAGGGAGCACUACAGUAUUUGGUCCCAAUUCUAACACAAACAUUAACAAAACAGGAUGAAAACGAUGACGACGACGACUGGAACCCCUGCAAAGCAGCAGGAGUCUGCCUCAUGCUCCUGGCGACCUGCUGUGAAGAUGACAUUGUUCCUCAUGUGCUGCCCUUUAUUAAAGAACACAUUAAAAAUCCUGAUUGGCGAUACAGAGAUGCAGCUGUGAUGGCUUUUGGGUGCAUUUUGGAAGGACCAGAGCCUAACCAGCUCAAACCACUAGUCAUACAGGCAAUGCCAACUUUAAUAGAACUAAUGAAGGACCCCAGUGUUGUGGUUCGAGACACAACUGCUUGGACCGUGGGCAGGAUCUGUGAGAUGCUUCCGGAAGCUGCCAUCAAUGACAUUUACCUCGCUCCGCUGCUGCAGUGUCUGAUGGAGGGCCUGAGCGCUGAGCCCAGAGUGGCCUCCAACGUGUGCUGGGCCUUCUCUAGUCUUGCUGAAGCUGCCUAUGAAGCUGCAGAUGUAGCUGAUGAUCAGGAAGAACCAGCAACGUAUUGCUUAUCCUCUUCAUUUGAGCUAAUAGUUCAGAAACUUCUGGAGACUGCAGAUAGGCCUGAUGGACACCAGAAUAACUUGAGGAGUUCUGCAUAUGAAUCUCUGAUGGAAAUAGUGAAAAACAGUGCCAAGGACUGUUACCCUGCUGUCCAAAAGACAACUCUGGUCAUCAUGGAACGACUUCAGCAAGUGCUGCAGAUGGAGUCUCAUAUCCAGAGUACUUCUGAUAGAAUCCAGUUCAAUGAUCUUCAGUCUCUUCUUUGUGCUACUCUACAGAACGUCCUCCGGAAAGUCCAGCACCAAGAUGCUUUGCAGAUCUCUGACGUGGUGAUGGCAUCUCUGCUGAGAAUGUUCCAGAGCACAGCGGGCUCAGGGGGCGUGCAGGAGGACGCCUUGAUGGCAGUCAGCACCCUGGUAGAAGUCUUAGGUGGAGAGUUUCUGAAGUACAUGGAUGCCUUCAAACCCUUCCUUGGCAUUGGACUGAAGAACUAUGCUGAGUACCAGGUUUGUCUGGCUGCAGUGGGCCUGGUUGGUGACUUAUGCAGAGCCCUGCAAUCCAACAUCUUGCCUUUCUGUGAUGAGGUUAUGCAGCUGCUCUUGGAGAACUUGGGGAACGAAAAUGUUCAUAGGUCUGUGAAGCCUCAGAUUCUCUCGGUGUUUGGCGAUAUUGCCCUUGCCAUUGGAGGAGAAUUUAAGAAGUACCUAGAUGUCGUGCUGAAUACCCUCCAGCAGGCUUCCCAAGCACAGGUUGAUAAGUCUGACUAUGACAUGGUGGAUUACCUGAAUGAGUUGAGGGAGGGCUGCCUGGAAGCUUACACUGGCAUUAUCCAAGGAUUGAAGGGAGACCAAGAAAACGUGCACCCGGAUGUGAUGCUGGUGCAGCCCAGAGUAGAAUUUAUUCUGUCUUACAUUGACCACAUUGCUGGAGAUGAGGAUCACACCGAUGGAGUAGUGGCAUGUGCUGCUGGACUGAUAGGAGAUUUGUGUACAGCAUUUGGAAAAGAUGUACUGAAAUUAGUAGAAGCUAGACCCAUGAUACAUGAACUGCUAACUGAAGGAAGAAGAUCCAAGACGAACAAAACAAAAACCCUCGCUACCUGGGCGACUAAAGAACUGAGAAAACUGAAGAAUCAAGCUUGAUCUGUUACCAUUGGGAUGACACCUGAGACCCCCACUGGAAAUCUCCAAUCUUUU